AAAGAGCUCGGUUUACUCACAGAGGCGCUUUACUCAAAAACCUUUUUGUUUCAACAGAGCAAGUUCCAAAGUAGCAAAGCAGGAGAUAUAUCAUGAAGUUACUGGGCUGGAUGCACCGGAAGUUCAGACAGAAUAGCAAUGAAUCACUCAAGGAUUUUGUCAUUGAAAAUUCUGGCACACAUGUACCUGGACAGCCGCCACACCCUGAGCAAUACUGCUACGCUAAACCAAUUUAUGGAACCAAAUUCUACGGACAGAACCCGCCAGAUUACUUCAGAAAAUCCUUUGCCGGCAUUGAAGCAACACAAGUUGAUGAAGAAGAUCAUGAAGAUGAAGAGUCAGCAGUAGUUUCUGAGAUCUUCCAUGGCUUUCUUGCAAUUGGCACCCUUGGCUCAGACCCUAAUGUCAGUACCCCAUCAACACCGACAUUCACCAUCUCCUUAGAGAAUGAGACUGGAAAGGAAACAGAGGUAACAGAAAGAGAACUGAAACUCCUUAAUGAUAAUUUGGAGAAGAUUCUUGGAGCUGAAGUCAAAGAAGAGAUAUGUGAUGCCUCUUCGGGGAGAAACAGUCAUGUCAGUGCUGGCAGAAGCAGCCAAGGAAGUACCAUCACUCUAACUGGGAAGACUUUGGAGAUUCCGGAGACCAACCGCAGUGGAAGUAAUGUCUGUCCUCUCCAGGGAUAUCUCUUUGGAUCAGCAAUUGAAAUGUCGGAAACAACAACAGCAAAGAAGGAACAUAGGACAUCUCUGAGAGAGCUGUUUCAAAAGACUAAAAUAACGGAUGAGUACAGUGGAGGAAGGUGUGAGAGAGAUGAAAAACGAACAGAGAAGGAUGCACAUAAAUCAGCAGUCAAUAUGAUGAAAAAGAUGCUGAAGAAAAAAGUUCCACAAGUAUCCAGAAGCUCCACAGCAGCAUAUGCUCGAGAAGCAAAUUCAUCCUCGGCGGAAACAAAACUUAACAAGAUCCUACACAUAUUUCACAGAAAAGUGCAUCCUGAAAGUUCAACAGCAAGUAAAAUGCCCAUGAAACUCCCCAAAGACAAAAAGAAGCACAGGAGCAUCUCUUCUGAUGGUGCAAGCAAUGAUGAAGGCUGGACUUUCCCGAAAAGUGACACUAUGGCACUUGCUCAGGGUGCCAUUCCUGAUGACAAGGGGACAAGAAACUGCUACAAGAGCCAGUUCAAUACUCAGUUCACUUUAAAAAGUGACUCAAACGGGAACAGGGAGUUCUGGAUCAAAUCAGAUGCAGACUAUUUGGUAUUGGAGCUCUAAGUCAAACGCUCGGCUGCUGGAUGGUUAUUGGUUAUCAGUGGUCAGUCUCAAGUAUGAGGCACUACCCUAUCAUCAAAUCUACUUAUUAAUGUUUACCCUUGUCCAUAUAUGAACCAUAUGGUGUGCAUGUCUAAGAGAAUCCGAGACCGAGAAUAAGAAAUUAUCGUGUGUGUGUGUGUGUUCUGUCGUGUAUUUCCAACCCCCAUGUUGAUUAUUGUGGUGUAUGCUCAUUGCUCAAUGUUUCUUGCCC